AUGGGGUUGCUGACGGGGGAUACACUAGCAACCCUGGCCGUGGCCGUGGCCAUCUUCCUGUUCCUGGUGGACCUGAUGCACAGGCGCCAACGCUGGGCUGCACACUACCCGCCAGGCCCCAUGUCAGUGCCGGUGCUGGGCAACCUGCUGCAUGUGGACUUUCAGAAUUUACCAUACUGCAUCAACCAGCUGCAUCGUCGCUUCGGGGACGUGUUCAGCCUGCAGCUAGGCUGGACGACGGUGGUCGUGCUCAAUGGGCUGGCCGCCGUGCGUGAGGCGCUGAUGACCCGCGGCGAGGACACUGCCGACCGCCUGCCUUUGCCCCUCUUUGAUCACGUGGGCUUCGGGCCGCGCUCCCAAGGGGUGAUCUUCGCCCGCUACGGCCACGCAUGGCGCGAGCAGCGGCGCUUUGCAGUGUCCACCCUGCGCUACUUCGGCCUGGGCAAGAAGUCGCUGGAGCAGUGGGUGACCGAGGAAGCCUCCUGCCUCUGUGCUGCCUUCGCCGAUUACGCGGGCCGCCCCUUUAGCCCGAACGCACUCCUGGACAGAGCUGUGAGCAACGUGAUCGCCUCCCUCACCUUCGGGCGCCGCUUUGACUACGACGACCCGCUCAUGCUCAGGAUGUUGGACCUAGUUGAGGCCCAAAUGGAGGAGGAAAGCAGCUUUGGGGCCACGAUACUGAAUGCUUUCCCAGUGCUCCUGCGCAUCCCAGGGCUGGCUAGCAAGUUCAUAUGUGCAAAAAGGAAAUUUCAGGCUCAACUGGAUGAGCUGGUGACUGAGCAUAGGAUGACCCGGGACCCAGACCAGCCACCCCGAGACCUGACUGAUGCCUUCCUGGCCGAGAUGGAGAAAGCCAAGGGAAACCCCGAGAGCAGCUUCAAUGCUGAGAACCUGCUCCUGGUGUUGUCUGAUCUAUUCUCUGCUGGGAUGGUGACCACCUCGGUCACGCUGGCCUGGGCCCUCUCUCUCAUGAUCCUGCACCCGGAUGUGCAGCGCCGUGUCCAACAGGAGAUCGACGAAGUGAUAGGGCAGGCGCGGCCACCAGAGAUGGCUGACCAGGCCCGCAUGCCCUUCACCACCGCCGUGGUUCACGAGGUGCAGCGCUUUGGUGACAUCGUCCCCUUAGGUGUCCCCCACAUGACCACCCACGACAUUGAAGUGCAGGGUUUCCGCAUCCCCAAGGGAACAGCGUUCUUAACCAACCUGUCAUCGGUGCUGAAGGAUGAGGCCGUCUGGGAGAAGCCCUUCCGCUUCUACCCCAAACACUUCCUGGAUGCCCAGGGCCGCUUCAUGAAGCAAGAGGCCUCCAUACCUUUCUCAGCAGGCCGCCGCGCAUGCCUUGGAGAGCCCCUGGCCCGUAUGGAGCUCUUCCUCUUCUUCACCUGCCUCCUGCAGCGUUUCAGCUUCUCCGUGCCUGCUGGACAGCCUCGGCCCAGCGACCGUGCAGUUUACCAUACUAUGGUGACCCCAUCCCCCUACCAGCUAUCUGCUGUGCCCCGCUAG